AUGUCUUCGCUUACUGCAAAGCCCAGCCUGCACCACAGUGUGUCAGAAUGGAACAGCAACAACUAUCAGCUGUCUGCCACCGCACAACACGAGCGACAGGUUUCUAAUGUGAUCCGUCAUGAAGGCAGGUCAUUACGUAACGAGACCAACUGUAAGACAACCUGGGAUGAGAGCGAUACCUCUCGCAGGUUGAGCGACCGGGUCUGGGAUGUUGCUCGAUGGAAGGAAGCAUUGGAAACCUGCGCACAAAGUGUAGACAAAGAGAUGGAAGCUCUAACUCUGUCCAAAGAGCAGAAUGAGCAUGCCCUGGCUGCUACUGCCGUUCCCCUGGAGGUCAGUACCGAGUGUCUGACACUGAGGGAGGGACGGCGAGGGUACGAGCUGGUCACCGACCCUGUGGAUGAGCAACUGAAAAAAGAAGUGGAGCUGAUUGAAAGAGUACAGCAAGUUCUCCAGCAGCACAUAGACAAGGCCUUUGAGCAGCUGUGUAUUUUGCAGGAGACUCGGCACCAGCUGACUGCUGACCUUCAAAACAAGAUGGACACCCUAGACAUUGAUAUGUCCUGCCUGUCACUUACAAUAAAGUCACCUAUGAUCUCCCUGAAGACCAAUCCUACUCGUAUACCGUCAGGGUCCUCCACCCCCCAGGAGUGGGUCCAGUUCAGCCAGUAUAAUGUGGCUCGUGCCCAGCAAGCUAUGCAGGUGUCCCAGCAAAUGAGGGAGGACAUGAGUCUCAGCAGAGCCCAGCUGCAGAAUGAGUUGGAAACUCAGCGCAGGGCUACAGAGUUUGCUCUUCGUAAGCGCAAUCACCACGAAGAGCAGGCACGCGAUGAGCUCGAAUGGCAAAUAAAAAAUACUGAAGAUGAAAUGGCAGAUAUGGAGAGCGACAUCCACAGGCUGGAUGCAGAUCUGCAGGCAAAGACAGCCUCUCUGAAGUUGGCUCACACCAGACUGGAGAACAGGACCAGCAGACCUGGGAUGGACCUGUGCAGAGACGAGGUGCAGCACGGCCUCAUUAAUGAAGUUAGUCAACUGGAUGCUUCAAUCACGGCUCUGAAGCAGAAGCUCUUUGAGGCUCAACACUCAUUACAGAAGAUGAAGCUCCAUCAUGCCCGCAUGUUGCAGGAUCUUUCCAGAAAACAGGAAGCCCUGUCUCUGGAACAGCGAAGCAUGAACACUCGCACCCGCCUAAAACCAACUUCCUGCAGUGAUAAAAGCCCGGUGCUGUUGGUCCCGCUCACAAACUCUAGUGGGAGGAGCAACCUGCAGCUGCUGGCUCAGUAA